ACCAUUUGCAUAUGGCUUAACGCUGCGCAUAUAAAAAAUCAAGUGAAGCUGAGCUUUGACGACCCCGACGGUUCAUUCGGCCUCUUCUCCCAUUCAUUUUGCAGCUUUACUCCCAUCCGUAAUCGGUUCUUUUACUGUUCUUGAUACGUAUCGAAUUCGUCGUUUAUGUGACGGAAGAAUGGCUUAUUAGUGCACACAAGAUGUAUUAAAUAGUGUUCCUAUCGUUGAAUACUGGGUUCUGAAGAUCACGCAGUUUUGACAUGGAUAUAACUUGCGGCUUACCGCAGUCGAGAAUAUUAGAUGGAGGGAUCAGUUACAAACAAAAUUAUAAUCUCGGUUCUUGCAUGACAUUCACAAGAUGUUUUGGUUGUGCCUUCCUUGGCAACUCGAGUACUGUUUUGAAAGCGCGGUUUAGUGGGAUAAACAAAACUAGUAGCACUGCUUUUCGCAAUGCUAGCUUGGUUUCCGUGGGAGAGUUCAAAGUUUCAAAUAUGAAGAGAACCUGGAGUAGUAAGAGAAGUGAUUUUUUAAUCGGAUCCAAAGCAAUUUGGGUUAAGUGUCAGGGUAAUGAUUCUUUGGCUUAUGUUAAUGGUAAUGGUCGUAAUGUAGAUUGUGUGAAAGGUUCCGGUGAGGAAUUGGGAUUAGGGCCUACUUCUAGUGCUGAACUAACUGUAUCAGUGGAAGAGGAAGAAGGGGUAAAUGAAGUAGAAGAAGACACGCAUAGUGUGGACGAACUGAAAGAAAUAUUGCAAAAGGCCUUGAAGGACUUAGAAGUUGCAAGAGUAAAUAGUGCCAUGUUCGAGGAGAAGGUUAAAAAAAUUUCAGAGACUGCAAUAUCUUUGCAGGAUGAAGCAUCAAAUGCUUUCAACAAUGUUAAUUUUACUCUUGAUGCUAUCCAAGAAGUUGAGACUGAAGAAUGUCUGGCGAAAGAAGCUGUUCAAAAAGCAAUGAUGGCUCUUUCGUUGGCUGAGGCGAGGCUACAAGUGGCCAUAGAAUCUAUGGAGGUUGCAAAAGAAGAGCAUGAUUCUCCACAUGGUUCUAAUGAGAGUGACGAGGACAAUGACUUAACAGAGGAGGAGAAAACACUUUUGGCUGCUCAGGAAGAUGUCAAGGAGUGCCAGACAAAUUUUGCAAAUUGUGAAGCAGCAUUGAGACACUGGCAGAAUAGAAAGGAGGAAUUGCAGAAGGAAGUGGAGAAGUUGAACGAACUUGCUGAAAAGGCACAGCUGAAUGCAUCAAAAGCAGAGGAUGAUGUCACAAAUAUAAUGCUUUUGGCAGAGCAAGCUGUUGCCUUUGAACUUGACGCUACUCAACGAGUAAAUGAUGCUGAGAUUGCCUUACAGCGAGCAGAAAAAUCCGUUUCAAGUCCUGAUGUUGAUACCACUGAAACCAUACAAGUACAAGAUUCUGAGGGUGUUCCUGAGGAGGAGAAAGCGGUUCAAAAUUUUUCUGGUGAUUUCAUUGCUGAAGGGGAUGGAGAUUUGCCAAUUGAUGAUGAAUCCUUGCUUCAGAAGCGAUCACGAGAUACACUAACUGAUAAAAACAGCCAAAGUUUGGUGGAGUCAGCUCACUCUGAUUACCUGAGUGAUCAUGAGAAUGGACAGUUAAGCUUAGAAUCUUCUGUGGAAGCUGAAGCAGAAGUAGAGAAAUUGAAGAAUGCUGUUCAGACAAAAAAACAGGACACGCCGAAAGAUUUUACUAGAGAUAGCUCACCUUUUGCUCCCAAAGGAUUAUUAAAGAAGUCAUCCCGUUUCUUUUCUGCAUCAUUCUUCUCUUUUUCUGAAGAUGGAACUGAGUUCACACCAGCAUCAGUUUUCCAAGGUUUUGUAGAAUCUGUACAGAAGCAGUUACCUAAGGUGGUUCUUGGGUUAUUGUUAAUGGGAGCAGGGGUUGCCUUUUAUGCCAAUCGAGCAGAGAGGAGCUCUCAGCUCUUUCAGCAGCCAGAAGUCGUUGGAAGCAGUGUUGAAGAAGUUUCCUCAAGUGCAAAGCCUGUGGUCAGACAACUUCAAAAGCUUCCCAAGAGAAUUAAGAAAAUUAUUGCAUCAUUACCUCAACAAGAGGUGAAUGAGGAGGAGGCCUCUCUAUUGGACAUGCUAUGGUUAUUGUUGGCAAGUGUUAUAUUUGUGCCUAUAUUUCAAAAGAUUCCUGGAGGGAGUCCUGUUCUUGGCUACUUGGCUGCUGGUAUCUUGAUUGGGCCUUAUGGUCUCUCCAUCAUCCGUCACGUUCAUGGGACAAAAGCAAUAGCUGAAUUUGGAGUUGUCUUCUUAUUAUUCAAUAUUGGCCUGGAGCUCUCUGUUGAAAGGCUGAGUUCAAUGAAGAAAUAUGUCUUUGGGUUAGGCUCUGCUCAGGUGUUAGUGACUGCUGUAGCUGUUGGCUUGGUGGCUCAUUUUGUUUGUGGUCUCCCUGGCCCUGCUUCAAUUGUUAUUGGGAAUGGUCUGGCAUUAUCAUCCACUGCUGUUGUUCUGCAAGUACUGCAGGAGAGGGGUGAGAGCACAUCUCGGCAUGGUCGAGCUACUUUUUCUGUUUUACUUUUUCAGGAUUUGGCUGUUGUGGUCUUGCUAAUACUCAUCCCUCUUAUUUCACCAAAUUCUUCCAAAGGAGGGGUUGGUUUCCAAGCUAUUGCUGAAGCUCUUGGACUGGCUGCUGUCAAGGCAGCAGUGGCCAUCACUGCUAUAAUUGCCGGCGGACGAUUGCUCCUUCGACCAAUAUAUAGGCAGAUUGCUGAAAAUCAGAAUGCAGAAAUAUUUUCAGCCAAUACGCUCCUUGUUAUUCUUGGGACUAGUCUUCUUACUGCUAGGGCUGGACUUUCCAUGGCACUUGGGGCGUUUCUGGCUGGUUUACUUCUUGCAGAAACUGAAUUUUCCUUACAGGUUGAAUCUGAUAUUGCUCCAUAUCGUGGUCUUCUAUUGGGGCUUUUCUUUAUGACGGUUGGAAUGUCAAUUGAUCCAAAACUCCUUGUGUCAAACUUUCCAGUCAUCACAGGGACACUUGGACUCUUAAUUUGUGGCAAGACUAUAUUGGUUUCUUUGAUUGGAAGAAGCUUUGGGAUUUCGCUCAUUUCUGCCAUUAGAGUUGGUCUCCUUCUUGCUCCUGGAGGGGAAUUUGCGUUUGUGGCUUUUGGCGAAGCUGUUAAUCAGGGUAUAAUGUCUUCCCAACUUUCAUCUUUGCUGUUUCUUGUUGUGGGAAUCUCUAUGGCUCUUACACCAUGGUUAGCUGCUGGCGGCCAGCUUAUUGCUUCCCGUUUUGAGCUGCAUGAUGUUCGAAGCUUAUUACCUGUAGAAAGUGAGACGGAUGAUUUGCAAGAUCACAUCAUUAUUUGUGGAUUUGGACGAGUUGGCCAGAUCAUUGCUCAACUUCUUUCUGAGCGACUGAUCCCUUUUGUUGCUCUAGACGUGAGAAGUGAUAGAGUGGCAGUUGGUCGUGCUCUGGAUCUCCCUGUAUACUUUGGAGAUGCCGGUAGUCGUGAGGUCCUACACAAGAUUGGGGCUGAAAGAGCGUGUGCUGCAGCAGUAACUCUAGAUUCUCCUGGUGCAAAUUAUCGAACAGUUUGGGCUCUGAGCAAAUACUUCCCAAAUAUAAAGACUUUCGUUCGAGCUCAUGAUGUUGAUCAUGGCUUGAAUUUAGAAAAGGCUGGAGCUACUGCUGUUGUACCGGAGACCCUGGAACCAAGUCUUCAGCUAGCAGCUGCUGUACUUGCUCAGGCUAAACUUCCCACGUCAGAGAUUGCAUCAGCUAUAAAUGAAUUCAGAUCCCGGCAUCUAGCUGAGCUUGCUGAGCUGUGUGAAACAAGUGGCAGUUCUCUUGGCUAUGGAUUUAACCGAAUAGCGAGCAAAUCCAAAUCUCAAUCCUUAGAUUCAUUGGAGGACAACCAAAUCUCCGAAGGGACAUUGGCAAUAUGAAGAUUGCCUCUUUGAUAGAAUUUUUUUUUUUUUUUUAAAAGGAUAGGAAAAGGAAAAUAAUUGUGAAAACUAGUUGACUAGGAAUUCCAUCAAAUGUGUACAGAAAUACAUCUGCAUAUAAAAUUCUGAAGUGUUCUUGUUUUUUUUUUUUUUGGUCAUUUACAUUGUUAGAAAAAUUUUGGCUCUCCUUACCUAGAAGGGCAUAACUGUUGAUGUACUGUUGGUAUGUAAAUUUUUUCGCCUUUUCCUA